CGUUGACAGUGCUUCGCGUCGCGUCUCCAGGUGAUCAGCUCUAUGCACUCUUGCAUAGAGCGGCUAUGCGGUCUGGCACUGUCUGUCGGCAAACAUACAGUGUUUCACUUAUAGGAAAUGUCAAAUAAACCAGCGUCUGUUGUUUUAAUGGAAAGAGGCGAGUCCUGUUCUAAGGACGACUGACGAAAAUGAACGGAAUAGAUAAUUUGACCCGCAUUUGAGGAUAAAUCAUUUAUGCGGUCAUGGCUGGGCUGAUCAAGAAACAGAUCUUGAAACAUCUCUCCAGGUUUGCCAAGAACCUGUCCCCGGAUAAGAUCAAUCUGAGCACGCUCAAAGGGGAGGGUCAGCUGACCAACCUGGAGCUAGAUGAGGAGGUGCUGCAGAACAUGCUGGACCUGCCCACUUGGCUGGCCAUCAACAAGGUCUUCUGCAACAAGGCCGCCAUACGGAUCCCAUGGACCAAGCUGAAGACUCAUCCCAUAAGCUUGUCGUUGGAUAAGGUGGUGAUGGAGAUGAGCACCUGUGACGAGCCCCGCCCACCAAAUGGUCCGUCUCCCAUAGCAACAGCAUCAGGUCAAAGUGAAUAUGGUUUUGCGGAGAAGGUGGUGGAGGGCAUCUCUCUGUCCAUCAACUCCAUAGUGAUCCGGAUCAGUGCCAAGGCCUUCAACGCCUCCUUCGAGCUCUCCCAGCUACAGGUGUACAGCGUCAACACCAGCUGGGCCCAGAGCGACCUGAGAUUCACCAGGAUACAGGACCCAACCCGCGGGGAGAUGCUGACCUUUAAGGAGGUGAGCUGGCAGAUGAUCCGCAUCGAGGCGGACGCCAUCCAGAGCAGCGAGCACGAGGUCCUGAGCGCGCCCAUCAGGCUCAUCACCAACCAAUCGAAGAUCCGGGUCACGCUCAAGAGACGGGUGAAGGACUGUAACGUGGUGGCCUCGAAGCUGAUUCUGAUCCUGGACGACCUGCUGUGGGUUCUGACGGACUCCCAGCUGAAGGCCAUGGUCCAGUACGCCAAGUCCCUGAGUGAAGCCAUGGAGAAGUCAACCCAGCAGCGCAAGAGCAUGGCCUCAGAGAACUCCGAGGUCGCAUCGCCGCCCCCUACAGCCCAGCAGGUGCGCGCGCAGCAGAGCUCGGCAGCGGCGGACCAGAACGCCACCAUGGCCCGCCUCUUCAGCGCGUACGACGUGUGCGAGACCUCGCACCACCUGCAGAUCACACACCUGGACCUACACAUCUGCGAUGACAUCCACACCAAGGACAGAGUGAUGAAUAAGGGCAUUACGGGCGGAGCCAUGCAGCUCUCCUUCAGCUCCAUCACCCUGGACUACUACCCCUUCCACAGGGCAGGCGAGAGCUGUCUGCACUGGAUGCACUACAGCGAGGCGACGAAGACGCGCGAGGGCUGGGCCCGCAACCUCCUCGAGGAGUUCCGCACCAACGUGGACCUGCUGAAGACCGCCCUCAAGGACCACCAGAGCACCAGCGACCAAUCACAGCGCUCCCCACAGCAUGGGAAAAUCUCCACCAGCUCCAGCACCAGCUUCUCUCCUCCACCCACGCCCCGCACCCAGCUCAUGUCCAGCUCCUUCGUCCUGCGCAUGGCCGACUUCAGCAUCUACCAGGUGUCCACUGCAGACCAGCGGCGCUCCAGCCCCAAGGCCAUGAUCUCCUGCAAUAAGAAGUCCCUGUACCUGCCGCAGGAGAUGCCCGCCAUCCACGCCGAGCUCACUGAGUACUACUUCCCCGAUGGCAAAGACUACCCCAUCCCGUGCCCUAACCUGUACGUCCAGCUGAAUGCGCUGCAGCUGGUGGUGGACCCGCGCAGCCUGGUGUGGCUCAACGUGUUUGCGCUGGACCUGCGUCAGAGCCUGGAGCAGUUCAUGCAGCUCUACAAGCUCAACGACUCGCAGAAGCCCGACGAGCACGUGGACAUCAGGGUGGACGGACUCAUGCUCAAGCUGGUGAUCCCAGCUGAGCUGGACCCCGACACCCCUCCGGAGCUCCCGCGGCAGCUGGCGGUGCAGACGUCCGAGAUGGUGGCCACCAACACGCGCCACUCGCCCCCCUGCACCCGCUCCAGCCUGGAGGCCCUGCUGCAGGCCUUCCAGGAGGAGUCCUUCUUCACCUCCUCUUCCUCCUCUUCUUCCUCCUCUUCCUCCUCCUCCUCCAAUCCCCUCUUCCCGCGUUCGUCCGACGCCUUCCGCGUCCUGCACUCGAUCUUCCAGCGGCACAGCGUGCGCGACCUGCGCCUCCCACGGGUCUACCGCCCGGGGGGUGGCGCUCGCUGUCGGGCCCGGCAGCUCAAGGCGCCCGGCCGGGCCACCGGGCGUGGGCCGUCCAGCUUCUCGCAGUUCUGGGCCGACUUCGAGGGCGCGCGGUCGGCGCGCGCCGGGUCCGGCUCGGGCUCGGGCCGCAGCCGGCCCACGCCCUUCGUGGACUCUUUCCCGCUGGCCAUGUGGGUGUGCCAGCCGGCGCGCCACGCCCAGCACACGCAGAGGCUCAAGGGCGCCGCCGCGGCGAUGGUCUCCGACCCCGCCGACCCGGCGCGCCUGCAGCGGAAGCGGAUGCUCAAGGAGUACUACAGCAUGGAGGCCGCUGCUUCGGCGUCGCCGGGCAACGCAGCAUCAGCACCCUCAUCCUCCUCCUCGCCUGGCAACGGCCUGCGUAAGCCAUGUUCGCUGGACAGUCUCGGAGCAGACUCGUCCUCAUCCUCCUCCUCCUCCUCCUCUUCCUCCUCCUCGCCUGCGCAGCCAGACGUGCAGGUGCUGGUGCAGGUGCAGAAGGCCGUGAGCGCGCAGCUCAACCACCCGCAGUACGUCUUCCUCAUGCGCCUCCAGCGCACCAUGAAGCAGCUGCAGCAGACCCUGCAGCAGGACAUGGAGCGCAUCCGCAGCAGCGCCAACGCCAGCGCCGGCGCCGGCGCCACCCACAGGCAGAGCACGCAACAGCAGGAGCAGGGUGACCCGUCCCCAUUCAGCGUGUGUGUGGGCGUUCUGAUGAAGAGUGCCGAAGUGUCUCUGCUCCUGAAGCCCGUGCCUGACCCCAACCCCCAGCUUACAGGGAAGGCCUCGCUGGAGGAGCGGCGGACGAGCCUCGGAGCCACCGCGAGGCGCUCCAGCGCAGAGGACCAGAGAGAGGCGGCCAUGGAGCCCGUGCUGGAGGGUCAGGGGCCCGCGGCUGAGGGCAAGGCCCAGCAGGUGACCCGCUCUCCAAGGACUGGAACGAGAACAAGGACAAAGGCCGUGCCCCAGUCCAUGUCCAGGAAAGGCAGUUUGUCAGUGGUGUCUGACCUUCUGAGCUCCCCCCACACCAGAUCUGCUUCCUUAUAUUCCAUAUCUAACAUUGGCAGGCUGAUGAGGGAUCGAUCCCAAUCCAGUUUCGCCGUGUCGUACAAGAACAUGAAGAAGAGUCCAUCUCUCCAGUCGCUGGACAACAUCUCCAUAGACAGCUACAUGAUGGAGGAUGGCGACGCCUACAGCCUGUUGGAGAGAGAUGAUGUGUCCAUGUCGGGCUUCAAAGACGCUUUGAGCGAGCACAGCACAGCGGAGAGUGCCAGCGAGGCGAUGGUGCCUGCUGCAGAUGGCGGCGUCUCGCCUGAUGCCGUCAGUGCCACCUCGCAGAGCAUCGAUGAGCCCACCAAAGACUUGGUGUCGGUUCUGGUUCUGAAGGUGAACUCGGUGUGCGGUUCUCUGGACGUGCGGGGGGAGAACACGGCGGUGGCUCUGGAGGUCGGGCAGGUGCGGCCCAAUCAGCUGGGCAACGUCAGCCUGAGGCAGUAUCUCAGUAACCGCAGCCUCGGGUUUGUUUCUUCGUCAGCAGUACCUGUGACUGCUGAAGCAAGAAGAGGUUCCGGUUCCGAGGCCAACUCCGGGCAGGGUCGGUCACGGCCGGAGGUGCAGGUGCGUCUGGAGUCCGGUCCGAGCGCCGCCGCCCACUCGCCGCUGUCCGAGCACAACGGCUUCCUGCAGUGCCGUCUGCACGCGCUCAGUGCCGACCUGCUCAUGUCCACGCUACAGAACCUGGGUCACUUCACGGAGGACAGCUCCGAGUCACAGGUGUUGCCCAUGGAGAUCAGCGUCAAGGACAUCCACGUCAACCUGAAGGAUGACGGUCCUCGUGAGAACCCGUCAGACCCUGAGCCGACGCCCAUCGCUCUGCACAUUGACAACCUGCUCAUCCAUCGUAAAGAUGACGGCUCCUUCAGCAUCGGACUGAAUCGUACUGCAGAGACAGCUCCUCCGAAAACAGCCCCUUUGAUUGACAGCAAGCUAAGCUCUGUCCCUGAGCUUCCCGUGGGUGUGCCCAGUGAACAGAAAGCCACUCAGACCAAUCCCAUGUCUCCUACUAGCUACGCCCCUUCCAGUACAGAAAAGAUGCUAAUUGACGAAAACGAGUGCUUGAAACUGGAGCUCUCCAGAGCCAAGAUGGCGUUGGCAGAGGCCCAGAUGGAGAAGGACUCCUUGCUGCACCACAUGAAGAACAUGAAACUAGCAUCCGGAGGAGGCACCAGCUAGUGACUUGUGUUGAGGUCGGGGACGGGUUUGGGGUGGAGAUUGCAAAGCUUGUGUGGGUGCCGACCAGCACCGGCAACCCGGGGGACGUGAGUGAGAGAGAGAGAGAGAGAGAGAGAGAGAGAGAGAACCGGUUCCAACCAUCGGGACCGAGGCAGAACUUUCAGGCCCGCCCCCCGUCUGUUGCGGUCAUCGGUCUACACUCUGAGCCAGACUGGUCCGUGUAUCUGCUGGGUGGUUCUGUGUGUUUCACCCUAGAAGAAAAGAAACCAGGGGGGAGAUGGUUGGUGCUGCACUGUCCCAUCUGGCCCUGUGCUCUCCCAGAGGAGUGCCGUCUGCUGCCCCCAAUGGGUCCCCACAAGUAGUACUUAAUUUGGACACUUGAUUUUGUUCUUUUUUUUUCUGUGGUAGUAUUUGCAGUUUGUGAGCUUUUAUUUCUCCUGCUGUACAGUAGGGGGAAGGGA